AUGUUUGGUAAAAAGGAAGAAAAGCCUGAGAAAGUUUACACUUUGCAAAAUGGGUUCCCAUACUCUCAUCACCCAUACGCCUCCCAAUACUCAAGACCCGACGGCCCUAUCUUGCUGCAAGACUUCCAUCUAUUGGAGAAUAUCGCUAGCUUUGACAGAGAAAGAGUACCAGAGCGUGUAGUCCACGCCAAAGGUGGUGGUUGUAGAUUAGAAUUCGAAUUGACGGAUUCUUUGAGCGACAUUACAUACGCUGCUCCUUACCAAGAAGUGGGCUACAAAUGCCCCGGCCUUGUCCGUUUCUCCACUGUUGGUGGUGAAAGUGGUACCCCGGACACUGCAAGAGACCCAAGAGGUGUUUCUUUCAAAUUCUACACUAAAUGGGGCAACCACGACUGGGUCUUUAAUAACACACCCGUAUUCUUUUUAAGGGAUGCCAUCAAGUUCCCUGCAUUCAUUCACACCCAAAAGAGAGACCCCCAAAGUCACCUGAAUCAAUUCGAGGACACUACCCUUUACUGGGAUUAUUUGACUAUGAACCCGGAGUCGAUUCACCAAAUCACAUAUAUGUUUGGUGAGAGAGGUACUCCUGCCUCUUGGUCUGACAUGAACGCUUACUCCGGCCACUCAUAUAUCAUGGUCAACAAAGAGGGGAAGGACACUUAUGUACAGUUUCACGUCCUGUCGGAUACUGGUUUCGAAACAUUGACCGGCGACAAAGCUGCUGAACUAUCUGGUUCUCAUCCAGACUAUAACCAGGCUAAGUUGUUCACACAAAUGCAAAACGGUGAAAAGCCAAAAUUCACCUGUUAUGUACAAACAAUGACUCCUGAACAAGCCGCCAAGUUCAAAUACUCGGUUAAUGACUUGACCAAGAUCUGGCCGCACAAAGAAUUCCCAUUGAGAAAAUUCGGUACCAUCACGUUGACUGAAAACGUUGACAACUACUUUCAAGAAAUCGAGCAAGUAGCAUUCAGUCCAACCAACACUUGUAUUCCAGGUAUUAAACCUUCCAAUGAUUCAGUUCUACAGGCUAGACUCUUCUCUUACCCAGACACGCAACGACACAGACUAGGGGCCAACUAUCAGCAACUGCCUGUCAACAGACCAAGAAAUCUUGGAUGUCCAUACUCUAAGGAGGACUCCCAAUACUCUGCCGAACAGUGUCCAUUCAAGGCUGCUAACUUUCAAAGAGACGGCCCAAUGAGUUACUAUAACUUUGGUCCUGAACCAAACUAUCUCUCCAGUUUACCAAACCAAACUCUCAAAUUCAAAAAUGAACAAAACGAUGAAGUGUCUGACGAAUUCAAAGGAAUAGUUCUAGAUGAAGUUACCAAGGCUUCUUUGAAAAAACAAGAAGAAGACCAAAUCAGAAAUGAACAUAUCGUCGAUGCUAAGAUCAAUCAAUAUUAUUACGUCUACGGUAUGAGUCCCCUUGACUUCGAACAACCUAGAGCUUUAUUUGAAAAAGUUUACGACCCUGAACAAAAGAAGCUAUUCGUUCAUAACGUUGUUUGCCAUGCUUGUAAGAUUAAAGAUCCUAAUGUGAAAAAGAGAGUUACCCAAUACUUUGGUUUGUUGAACGAGGACUUGGGUAAAGUCAUCGCUGAGGGCCUGGAGGUUGAAUGGGAACCUGUCGACCUUCAAGGUUACGCCAAGACUUGGAGCAUUGCAAGUGCAAACUAA